CCCAAAUCUCACUGUUGAUGAUAAUGAAUAUCUCUCAGUAGGACCAAACCCUCAAACCGAAUUCCUUCCCUCUCCAAACCUAAAACCCUUAUAAAUAUAUCUCACGAAUCUCUUCUCUAUCUCAACUCAAUACAUUUGAUUUGAGAGUUUUUAUCGAAUAUAAAAAUACCUCAAUAGAUCUUUCCCUGAAAAGAGUAUAUAUAAAUAUAUUGAUUUUUCCCUUGCAAGUUUAUUGGAACUUCCAAGUUACUAUCCCCACUUGUUACAGACUCAGAAAAAAAUCUUCAUUCAAUCUCCUACCAAAAAAAGAACUUGUUAUAACUUAGUUUCGGUGUCAUAUCAAAGUGUAUUAUUUAGAACCCCUCACAAAAGAAAGCUAAAAUCUUUGAUCAUAGUUGAGUCGGUUUUCUGGACUUGAAAGUAGAUCCAAAGCACCACUUCAGUAAGGACUGAUUUUUUAUAGGUUUACAAAUGGCCCAAGAUGAUGGUUCAGGUGCUGAUUCACCUCAACGUAAGCUAGGUCUUUUAAGGGAUCAAGUAAAGUUGGUAAAGAGAAGGAAUUCUGAACGCCACGAGAUUGCUCCAAUCCAAGAGAAACUGUCAUUUGAAAAGGGUUUCUUUAUUGUGAUUCGUGCAUGUCAGUUGUUGGCACAGAAGAAUAGUGGGCUUAUAUUGGUUGGGGUAGCAGGCCCCUCAGGAGCUGGGAAGACUGUAUUUACUGAGAAGAUGUUAAGUUUUAUGCCGAGCAUUGCGGCCAUAUCAAUGGACAACUACAAUGAUGCUAGUCGUAUUAUUGAUGGCAAUUUUGAUGAUCCACGCUUAACGGACUAUGAUACAUUGCUCAAGAAUAUCCAUGGACUAAAAGAGGGGAAUCCGGUUGAGGUGCCAAUAUAUGAUUUCAAGACUAGCAGUCGCACAGGAUACAGGACAGUCGAAGUGCCUAGCUCCCGCAUCGUGAUUAUUGAAGGCAUUUAUGCUUUGAGUGAAAAACUGCGUCCUCUUUUAGACCUCCGGGUAUCCGUGACAGGUGGUGUUCACUUUGACCUUGUGAAGCGGGUUUUACGGGAUAUACAGCGUGCUGACCAAGAACCUUCAGAAAUUAUCUCUCAGAUCUCUGAAACGGUAUAUCCUAUGUAUAAGGCUUUUAUUGAGCCAGAUUUGGACACAGCCCAUAUUAAGAUAAAAAACAAGUUCAAUCCAUUCACGGGAUUCCAGAACCCAACUUAUAUUUUGAAGUCACCGAAGGUGCUGACAGUGGAUGAAAUCAAGGCAGUUAUGUCAGAAGAACAUACGGAGUCUACAGAAGAAACAUAUGAUAUUUACCUUUUACCACCAGGUGAAGAAUCUGAAGCUUGUCAAUCGUAUCUCCGGAUGCGAAACAAGGAUGGCAAGUACAAUUUAAUGUUUGAGGAAUGGGUUACAGACAGUCCAUUUAUCAUAUCACCGAGGAUAACUUUUGAAGUCAGUGUGCGCCUUCUUGGAGGGCUGAUGGCCUUGGGAUACACAAUAGCAAGCAUCCUGAAAAGAAGUAGUCAUGUCUUUUUUAAUGAUAAAGUGUGUGUGAAAAUUGAUUGGUUAGAACAGCUCAGUCGUCAUUAUGUUCAGGUGCAAGGUAGAGAUCGAUCAUAUGUGAAGUCCAUAGCAGAGCAAUUAGGUUUGGAAGGUUUCUAUGUUCCCCGCACGUACAUUGAACAAAUUCAGCUGGAAAAGCUUGUAAAUGAAGUUAUGGCACUGCCAGAUGAUUUGAAGACCAAGCUCAGUAUAGAUGACGAUCUGGUUUCUUCAAGUCCCAAAGAAGCACUUUCCCGAGCCUCUGCAGACUGGGUUGCUAUGAGAAAGAAGCGUUUUCAGAGUGGUAUGUCACAUUCAUAUUCAACACAAGGUGACAAAAAUCUGUCCAAGCUAACAAGACUAGCCGUUGGCAGUAGGUUUGAUGGUAAAAAUCAAGACUCACCUGCAACAGUUGCAAGCCAGGGAGUUAUUACACAGCUUUCGGAACAGAUUUCUACGCUGAACGAGAGAAUGGAUGAGUUUACAUGUAGGAUGGAGGAGCUGAAUUCCAAGCUCACCAUCAAGAAAGCUUCGCCCAGCCAACUAAACUUGUCCGUCGCAGCUGAAGCCUGCAAUGGCACUGGACCCACAUCUCUAUUCACCUCUGGGUUUGGUAAUGGUUCGACUGGAUCCCUACUGACCAAUUCAUUGUCAUCUUCCCAGUUAGCGAAGGAAUCUUCAUUAAUAGACGAGAUUUCUCGGGGACAACUUCAAAUCAUUUAUCAGUUAGACAAUUUAAGUAAGUUUCUUCAUGAAAGUAUGGGAGAUAGAGCUAGCCAUGUACGAGCAAAUAGCAGAAGCAAGAGCAGGAUCAGUGACUUGCAAUCCUCCAUUGGUAUCCCCCUUGCUCUUACAGUUACCCUCGCUGUUGCUGGUGCAGGAAUCUUUUUGUUUAGGGGAUUCUCGUCCACAAGAUAAUAAUCAGUAAUAAUCAGUUUAGUACUGUCAGUUUCUUUUCUUUUUUUCCCAGCACCCCUUAAUUUGACGAAAUCAAUUCACCUUCUCGGCCAGAGCCGUCUUAUAGACGGAUAAAUUUUUGAUGUGGGCAUGUGGGACGAAUAACAAUAUUAGAUCUGUCAAUUGUUUUGUUUUAACUAAUUUUGAGGACUCUUGUGUAGAUCUUUUUGUACCAUAAAAAGCCUUACAGGCCUUUCAAACA